CAUAUUUUUUUCCUAUCGACUGGUGCCCAGAACUGAACUGCAUAUUCCAGUCCAAAAAAUAUACCCUAAAAAAUUUUUGCAAAAGAAACAAAAAUGAAUUUGCCUUGCUCACAAGAUCAGGGAAAGGGAAACCGAAACAGGCCAGCCAGAAGGAAGUUCAAAUUAAAAAAAUUUCAACUAGAAUGUCAAGCUCAUCAUCUUACUGAGGCCGGGACCUCUCCUCCAAGACGUCGUCGUAGACAUGAUACGUCAUCAAAUGCGGAGGAGAGGCCUCCCGGCCCACAGACCGCUGGAGAGGAGGAAGUCGGUGGUGGAGGACAGCAAGCGGCAGCUCGUCCCGUUGACUCACAUAGAGGUCGUCAAUCAAAAGCCAGAGGAAGUCGGGGAGCGCGCGGCGGUCGUGGUUCCAGAGGCUCCACCAGAACGGAUGAGGAGGAAUUUGGCGGAUGUAUUAUCGACAAUGAACUCCUCAUCCAGAUGGUGGAGGACAGACCACCACUGUGGGACCACACGGACCGCCGCCACGCAGACCAUCAUGCUACCCAGCUCCUCUGGAUUAAGAUAUGCAAAGUUUUAGUGCCUAAUUGGGAUGAUCUCAAUGACAGUCAACGGGAGGAGUGCCGGACGACUAUCCUGGUGCGGUGGCGGUCAAUGAGUGACCGCAAUAAGAAGGACUAUAACGAGGAGGUCAAGUGCCCCAGUGGUUCAAGAGCAAGCCAAAAGCGGCCGUACCGGUAUGGUAACCGCACUAGGUUUUCUGCGUCGAACCCUACAGCUAUGAAGCACAUCUAGCAGUACUCGGGCGCACAAACCUCCUCGUGAAGUCCUUCCAGAGGCUGGAGCACCAGAGGCGGUCCCCAAAGAGCCGCCCACCGCGGGUCCCUCUCGUCCUACUCCAACAGCUGGUCGGGACCUCAAUGUUCCCCUACCUGUGCCCUCUGGCGACUCAACAAUGGCCACAAUGGCACCACUUUUUGAGGCAUUGAUGCGUCGCCAGAGGACCGGUAGGAGCCGUCAGGCAGACUACGAGGAUCUCACAAGGCUCGUUUACGAGUCCUUGAUGGGAUUCACCAAUAGAGUUGCCGCUUUGGAGGACACGGUGUGACGUCUGCAGGAGGGUGAGGUGCAUACGUCGCAAUUGGGUCCUGUGCAUCACUAUUGGUUAUCGCUGCUCCCCAUGAUGGAAAUAUUUAUGCCCGAUCAGUUGUUUGAGGCCCGAAGACAGGUGGACAGUGUCUUGUGGCAAGUUCAGCACCGCCCCACAUCCUAUUUCCCAUCCAUGCCCUAUCCCCCAUCCAUGCCCUAUGCCCCAUCCAUGCCCUAUCCCCCAUCACAACCUCAACAACUCCCUUCCCAAACUACCUACCCCCCUUUCCAACCUCCUCAGCCCCCAUCCCCGCCUCCCCAUCCCCAUCCCCAUUCCCAAUCCACCGAGCACUUUUCUCAACACUUUUCUCCGUCUCCUCCUCAUUACUUUCCUGCUACCAGUUUCACCACUCCUUCUACUAUUGCUCGGUCAACUCCUUCUCCUGCUCCCCCAUCCAGAUUGAAUACUCCCUCUGUUGUGCUUGCCACAACACACACUUAUAUGUCCACAGGGGCACAGGAACAGAAACGAGG